UCACGUGACUCAUCAUAGCUAUGGCCUCUACGUGGGAUUCUGUGUCCCAACUUUUGGCGGAGAAUUCUAAGGAAAUUUUUAUCGAAACUUCCGAGUUGUUGCUUAAAUUUGCCAGCAAUAUACUAAAGAAACCGAAUGAGGCCAAGUAUAGAAAGAUCCGUUUGGGAAACCCCAUCGUACAGUCGAAGUUACUCCCAAUUAGUGGCGCUUUGGAAGUUCUGUUUGAAAUGGGAUUCUUAGAGGAUGGCGAGUACUUGACAAUGCCAGUUGGCUCGGGACUCAACACACUCCGUCUCAUCUGUGCUGAACUGCAGUCUCAACGCAGCAAGCUGGGUGCACCUGUACUUGACAAUGUUGAAUCUGUCACCUCCCAACAUCCCACUCUGGUAUCACAGUCUCCAGCUCAAACGACAUCCAUUGCAAUAUCUACAACGUCUAUCUCAACACAAGCUCCCAGCAGUGCAUCAACAGCUAUGUCUACACCCUCUCUAUCUCCGCAAGCUCCUCGCAGCGCUGCAACAGCAUCUGCUCAACAGACCAUGUCAUCGCAGGAUGUUCAUGAAAUGGAGUCAGUUUUCUUCAGCAAGAUUCAGAGCUCAAUGUCCCAUGUAUUGAUGUACGAGGACCGUACCCUGCAGCAGAAGGCAAGGGAGGUAAUUCCACUGGAACAGCUCCAGAAGGCAGCAGACGCCAACUGGCGGAACCUGAUCCAGGAGUGCCCAGCUGGACGUGGUGAGGUGGCUCUGGACAGACAAGACACUCUUCUGUUGGAGCUGCUUGGGUGGUUCAAAAAAUCCUUUUUUCAGUGGGUGGAUGCUCCUCCAUGCAAUGCAUGUGGGGCCGAGACUCGACUUAUGGGUGGAGUUGAUCCUUUACCUCAGGAAAGGAUUUGGGGGGCAUCUCGAGUAGAAAACUACAGGUGCAAUUCUUGCCAGCAGCACACACGUUUCCCACGUUACAACCAUCCACAGAAACUCCUGGAGACACGGAGAGGCCGAUGUGGAGAGUGGGCCAACUGCUUCACUCUGUGUUGUCGAGCUGUGGGUUUUGAAGCUAGAUACGUCUUGGACUGGACUGACCAUGUGUGGACUGAAGUGUACUCGAAUUCACAGAGGCGAUGGCUGCACUGUGACCCCUGUGAAAAUGUCUGUGAUAAACCCUUGCUUUAUGAGGCUGGUUGGGGGAAGAAGCUGACAUAUAUCAUUGCUUUCUCCAAAGAUGAAGUGCUGGAUGUUACGUGGCGGUAUUCAUCCAAACAUCCUGAAGUGCUAUUGAGAAGAAAAGAAUGUCGUGAAAACUGGCUGUGUAGUGUCCUCACACGACAGUGGAACAAGAAAGUUAAUGCUUUAUCCACGUCCAGGAAAAAUGAACUUUUAAAUCGCCUGAUUAUAGAGCUGGUUGAAUUCCUUACUCCUAAAACAGCAGAUGGUCAAGGCUUGUCAGGGCGUACUACGGGGUCACUAGCUUGGCGACAGGCUCGUGGAGAAAUAGGGAGGGCUGAAGGUACCGAUUCAAGUGGUUCAUUCAUUUUCACUCUGACACAGGAAGAGAAAGAGCGAGAAGUGUGUCACUUUCAGUAUAACUGUGCUGAAGACAAGUAUGUGCGCUUGUCGUCGAGUAACUCGGAGACAGCAGGCUGGCUGAGUUGUGUACACAAGGCAUCAUCUGUGUUUAGGAAGGAGGAGAGAGACUGGAAGAUGGUGUACCUAACGCGGACAGAAGGAUCUGCUCGGGCAUCAGUCUCGUGGAAAUUUGACUUUAAAGAAAGUGGUCUGCGAGUCAACCGGUGUCUACUGAAGGCAGACAGUUCUGUGUUUGAGAGUGGUAAAGUGAUGUGGACAAUCUGUGGAGAUGACAAGUGUAUCAGAAUGAGAGGUCCUGAACUGGUGACCUUGAGGGAGGUUGAUGUGAAGGGAUGUCUGACAUUGACUAUCACUGCGGACCUGAGCGGUGGUAAUGGAGACAAUGCCUGGCAACACACACAGCUAUUCAGACAGGAAAUGAAUGCUGAUAACCCUCCCUUUGAAGUGAAGAUAAGUCUGGCGUGAUUUCCUGUAGGUGGUGAAAUUGCAGAAUAGUUUGUCGUGUCCCACAAAUGUGAAUGGCUGAUAUUCAGUUUCAGUAAAUAUAUUUCAUAGGAUGGAACGGAAAGUUGAUAUUAAUUCUGUCAUGGGGAAACAUAUUGGAGUUCCUAUCAUGGAAAAUUUGUUUGAAUGUUAUGUACAAUAGGUGUCACUAUCAGCAUCUGUGUCAUACAUUUCUUUGUAGAUGUUCAGAUGCUGGGCAUCAUGGUUGCCGAAAAGUAGCCAUUAGGACCCAGGCCUUUGUUAUGAGAUUCGUCUGUGAAGUAGAACAGUUUAUGGGCACAGUUUCAACUUAUGCAAUAAUCCAUAAGGUUUCAUGUGAAAAUAAUAACAGGUGGGGCUAGGUUUUGAUUUUGUCAUAUUUAAGAGCCCAAAUGGUUUAAGCUAUUAAAUAUUGUAAUGGGUUAUGAGACCAUGUUGUUUUAUUUCAAUGAAUUGGUUUAUGAAUUUACAAAACAAUUCCAAUUCCAGCUGAAACAUGUUUUAUUAGGAAUUACACAAGUAUCUACAAAAUCAAAUCAUAUUCCCUGAGUGACCAACAAGUGGUACAUACUCAAUGACCUGUCAGUGUUUGCACAACCAUUAUUCAUAGCAUCAUUCGUUCAAAAAGUGUGUGUAAAUACCAACAGGAAACCUGAGAAAGACUCUGGAGGCAAAGUUAUAAAAGGCCUCCAUGUGUAAGUUCAUGAAAAAGUUUCUAGACAAUGAAUUUUGUAAAGAAUUACUCUUUUUAACUGCAUUGAAAAAGAUCCUGGACAUGGUUUGGGUGUGCUCAGUAUGAAUAAAUUACUAACAAGUUAAUGUGAAAAUACAAUGCUUGCUUGCCUCAGUGUAAUUCCACAUACCAUGACUGUAUUCAUAUGUCCACUGGAGGAUGAACUUAGGUUACACGUCAAACAAGAAGGGACUUGUAAUAAACAUGUGUAUCAACAACAGUAUUACCAUUACUAAUGGAAUAUUUCUCUACUAUCUGCUGUUUUUAAGGCAAUGUGUGCAAUGUGUUUGUAGCUUUAACAGUUACACUUCUGUGAUAACAUGUGUGCUUGCAACUGUUUGUGGGCUUGUUGAUGACUAUUCAUUAUGUUAAUUUACUUACAGGUGUCAGGUGUGGUGUAAAACAUCCACUUGCUCCAUAUGAUGUAACCAAAAAUGUGUCAAUGUGAUGAUGUAUUUGAGUGAAGUUGUAAAUGGUAAGCAUGGCGUCUACUGUGAUGCUCCACCACACUGCUUCCACAGCUGGAUAUGUAGUUGUCUGUGACAUGUGGUACAUAUUGUGAGUGAGUGAGUUUAGUUUUACGCUGAUUUUAACAAUAUUCCAGCAACAUUAUGGCAGGGAAUACCAGAAAUGGGCUUCACACAUUGUGCCCAUAUGGGGAAUUGAACCCGGGUCUUCGGCAUGACGAGUGAACGUCUUAACCACUAGGCUACCCCACUGCCCAUGUGGUACAUAUAGCUAGGUGCAGCAUAUUUAGUCAGAGUACUGUAAAGGGUUCAAGUGUGUAAGUGUGUAAGGAGACUCCUUCCUUGUCCCAGCCUUGUUCUGUCUAACCACUAAUUAUACAUGACCAUGAUGUAUUGUGCUAUAUUUAGUAAUGUUGAUGUGAUCGACUCUUUCUAAACACUCCUUAAUUUGUAGAAAUACAAAAAAAUUAUUAAUUCCAGUGACAAGAUGUUCGGAUUUUCACAUCUUUUUCCUGUAUGAUUAAAUCUUGACCUAUUGAACACAAAAAUGUGAAGAUCUGAGUUAGAAUUGAUCUUCAGUAACCCAUGAUUGUCGUAAGAGGCGACUAACGGUAUCGGGUGGUCAGACU